CCGACGACAGAAGCGUUCGUCUCGCGCGGCUGUGCGCGCGCGCAUUAACUAAAAGCGAACUGAUUUAUAGUGCCAGUGAUAUUAUAGGAUGGAGAGCCAAGAGUGGCGCGAGGACUGGCACCAGCCGAGACAGAUGGACGGCGUUGUGUUCAACCAGUUCCCGCGAGGUGGUUUCCAACUGCAGGCUUUAGCUGAGCGAGUCAGCCGCGACCAGGAACACCUGCCCGUACUGCCGCCGCUUUACAACGUAGUACGAGACACUGCUAGCUGUUCGCGGAGUACAUACUCUCCGCUACAGGCGCUCAGUGAGAGCACGUGCCGAGACCACGCUGCGCCCGCGCCGCCCCCGCCCCCGCCACGUGUUCAGGAGGCCCACUCGCAGGUCCCGAAUCAAAGCGUGACCCUCCACCCAGCUGUAGCUCGUUGCAGCGCUUCCUUAGAGCUUUCAGCGUUAUGGCGGAGCUUCCACGAGCUCGGGACGGAGAUGAUAGUGACGAAGGCCGGCAGACGGAUGUUCCCAGCGCUCCAGGCGAGGCUCUCCGGUCUACUGCCCAAUGCUGAUUAUCUACUGCUGGUGGAUUUCGUACCGCUGGACGACAAAAGAUACAGAUACGCCUUCCACAGUUCGAGCUGGGUCGUGGCUGGCAAGGCCGACCCUGUGUCUCCGCCUCGUAUCCACGUACACCCUGACUCGCCAGCGGCCGGAGCACACUGGAUGAGACAGCUCGUCUCUUUCGACAAACUUAAAUUGACAAACAAUCAGUUGGACGACAAUGGACACAUAAUUCUGAACUCGAUGCACCGCUACCAGCCCCGGCUGCACGUGGUGUUCCUACCCGGAGACGGGCAGAGCGCCCCGGGGACGGUCCCCUACAGGACCUUCAUCUUCCCGGAGACAGGGUUCACAGCGGUCACCGCCUAUCAGAACCAUCGUAUAACUCAAUUGAAGAUAGCCAGCAAUCCGUUCGCUAAAGGCUUCAGAGACUGCGAUCCCGACGACUGUCCACCAGAGCCGGGCGGACAACGGGCCCCCCGGAGGCGCGAGGAGGGUCCGCUAGCGCAGCCCUACGCCGCUGAACCGAGCGCCGGCGGGCCGUUGUACGCGCCCCACGCGCACACCGUAAGAUACCAACCUCACUCAAGUCACAACAGCUCGUACACAGCGUAUUACGCUCACAGAUAAUAAAUAUGAAUUGUGUUUUGUAUGUAGAUGUAACACGAACGAAAUUAAAAAAAAAAAUACAUUAUACACUUCUCUGUUUAUAAUUUU